ACUUUAAUAUUUUAUUCUGCACAUUUAUUUACACAAUUUAGCUACAGAUUUGAUGACUUUAGCUACUGUUUUACUUCAAGCAUGUUUUGGUAAUUGUAACUACAGCUUCUAGCUAGUGUUCAUUUGUUUUUAGUUGGUCUGCUGUUUUCAGAGUUUAGCUGGUGUUCUGCUUUUAGCUACUGUUACUAAUUUUAGCAUGUUUCAUUAAUGCUAGUUUUAGCUACUGUUUUUUAGCUAGAGUCCAGUUGUUUUAGGAUUUAGUUAGUGUUCUAGUGUUUUCAGAUUUUAGCUAGUGUUCUGUUGUUUUUACCUUUAGCUUCUGUUCUGGCCCUGGCUUUUGUAUUUCUUAUAAUYUUAACCUAUGAUUAUUGUUUUAACGUUGACAUACUAACUAUUCGUUUGUCUUUGACGCGUCAGCCACUAAACUAGAGAAACAUUUCAGACACAUUUUCUAAAAAUCAGAACUAUAGAUUUUUCACGUUACCGAUAUUUCCGAUGAAACGUGAAGGCAUCGUUUCAAUUUUUUCACAAAAUAAAAACUCGAAUGUGAAAGUAAAAUGGUUAGAUUCAAUUCCUACUGGAGCAAAAUCUCAAUAUCCCUAAAAUCCUUUUUAUGAAGAUUUUAGGGGAAUUUUUAAAUUAAUCUGAUACCGGAAGUGACAUCACUGCUCACUCCUUUUGUCUGACGACCUUAUCGGGAGGAAGUGAAGCUCAGACAAGGCUACUGGCUAAGCGAAGGGGGAAAAAAAAUAAAAAAAAGAGUAAGCGAUAGGAGGAGGGGGGGCGGACUUCACGGAUUUAAAGGAAUUUUUAUAGAGUUGGACCCCGGAUCCAGACCGUUCUGGCCGUUUGGAGUUCUUGAGAAGACGACGGAAUCGUCGGUACCGACGUAAUGGAAGACACUCAUUUUAAUUCCUCAUAUUUCUGGUCUCCAGUCCCAGCUGUGCCAGGACAGCAGAUUGAGAAUGCCGUGUUCCUGAACAAAGUGAAAGAUCAGCAGGAGAAGAAUGCGUCAUUCCCUCCUUCCUCGGCUCCCCACUACCAAACAACUCUCCUCACCAUCCCGACUCCCGGGGCCAAGACAGAUGGAGGCAGUCUGGCUGGUGGUGCGGCGCACCUCCACGCUCCUCACAGCACCCAGAACAUCACGGUGUUGCCUGUCCCCUCCACGGGCAUCAUGACAGCAGCUGGUUUGGUGAUUACGACUCCUCAGGGAACGCUGGUCUCUCCCACCUCCUCCCAGUCGUUUGUCUCCGGUGCUCCAGCGACAACCAUGAUCGUGUCAGCGCUCCGUUCUCCAGACAAAAAAGAAGGCGACGCAGCGUCCCACGUGGUCGUGAUGCAAGCGCCCUCCAAACGAGGGAGGAAGAAGGGGGCACUGUCGAGGGUCGCUCCUGUGGGCAGACCAGGAAAYGACUCACUAAUACUGACACAGCUGACUCCUGGUGGGCAGGUUACAUCAUUUCAGCACCACACAGGACUACCGUACGAGCUGUCAAAUGACGAUAACGGCCCAAAAGAUCCCACUAAAACAUACAGGUGCCGGAUGUGCGCGGCGACCUUCUUCAGUAAGUCUGACAUGCAGAUCCACUCCAAGUCGCACACAGAGGCCAAACCUCACAAGUGUCCUCACUGCGCCAAGUCAUUCGCCAACUCGAGCUACCUGGCCCAGCACAUCCGCAUCCACAGUGGAGCCAAGCCUUACACCUGCUCUUACUGCCAGAAAUCUUUCAGGCAGCUCAGUCACUUACAGCAGCACACACGAAGCCACACCGAGUCAAAGCCUCACAAGUGCCCUCAUUGUACGAAAUCAUUUGCCAACUCCAGUUAUUUGGCUCAACAUAUCCGCAUCCACACCGGAGUGAAACCGUACACCUGCGCGUACUGUGACAAGUGCUUCAGACAGCUCAGUCACCUUCAGCAGCACAGCAGAAUUCACACAGGAGAUCGGCCGUACAGGUGCAGCCAUCCAGGAUGUGAGAAAGCCUUCACACAACUCUCAAAUUUACAGUCCCACCGUCGUCAACACAACAAAGACAAACCCUACAAGUGCCCCAACUGCAAUAAAGGAUACAUAGAUGCAGCAAGUCUGGAGGUGCACAUGUCCACACACACAGUGAAACACGCCAAGAUGUACUCGUGUGGUCUUUGCAGCCGCUCUUAUACCUCAGUAAGACAAAUGUCCAUUUCUGAAGAGCAUUUCUACAUGAAACACUAUGAAACGCAGCUUUGGCAUCAGACGCCUUGCAGCUACUUAACACCGUGUAGUCAUGUAUCCACUGUUUCCCCUCUACCUAUCCUCCCCUCAUCUCAGGAGACAUAUCUGGUGAAACACAUGGAGAAACACAACCCAGACCAGUUGACUGCACCUGCAGUCGUGGCAACAAAUCCAAACCAGAGCCAGGCCCAGGGCCGGGCUGGAGCUCAGAGCCGGGUAGCGAGUGCAGACGGAGGAUCCGGCCGAGCUGGGAGCGGAGCGGCAAGAGGAGGCCAGCAUGGACAGAGCCAGAGCAGCUACCCACAAACAGAAACCAUGCCCUGUCACUUUGACUUGCAGCAUUAUAAGACAGUGUCUGCCGGCGAMAUCGAGUACAAACCAGUCAGCGUGGCUGACAUCACUUCCCACAAAGACCUGUGUAUCACUGUGUCUGCAUCCACAAUUCAAGUGGAGCACCUCAACUCUUAGAAGUGAUGAAAAGGAGUGAUCUGGGGAAGUUAGAAUCAAAUCAAGACAAAUGGAGGAUGGAGAGUCAAGAAUUAAAGCAAUACUACRAACAUAGAGAGACGUUGGAUCACGUGACUGUGCCUGAGUGAUGGUUUGAGGCAGGCAGGACAAAUGCUGCUCAGUAUACUGAAGAAAUGUUUUUUAUUUUUUUCCUACCAUGUUUGAUCUGUUUUUUGUUAACUUUUUUUUUUGUUGUUGCUUAGUUGUUGAGUAGAGACUGCAUGUAAAGGCUACAAUAAUGUACGUUUCAGUCCAUCACAGUGAUGGUUUUAUGAUAGGAAGCGUCUGAAAGACAGUUCUUUUUUUAUUGUUACCACCUCUCUUCCGUACAAAUGCAAUUUGAACUAUAGCAAUCUCUGGUGUUUCUCUGUUGAUUAAAAUUGGCAGUUACCUGUAAAAAGUAAUUUUUUAUACUUUCAUACAGACUUCCACUUUUGUCAUCAGUGUUAUUACUUCCACUGUGGUUUAACUUAACAUGCUUUUGAUAUUUUAACCUUAAAAGGGAUAUAAUGUUUUUCUUUUUUGUGAAAGAUAAAAAAAAUAGCAUUCAAGUAUAUGAUAUAUACUACCAGUUUAUAAAGUAUGUGUAAAAGAUGUGGUAAUUCACAGAAAGAAUUUAGACUUGUUAGUGGCCCAUUAUGUGACCCUUCAAGCGGUGUGAGCCACAUCAUAUGUAAUGAAGUGUACUGCUUUUUCUGUAUGUCUAAAAAAUGAUCUUAUCAAAAUGUCCUCUUAUUAUACUACCACAUAUUUGAGUUAUUUACAAAAAUAUUGACACAUCUAAGGUUUGUGCAGUUCUUAAUGCUUAUAAUACAAUAAAGCUUCUAAAAUAUAUAUA